AUGGAGCAAAAAAAUAAAUAUACUGUACCCAUUUUCCCCAAAAAUAACAAAAAGAAAUCUGGUCGAACACUAGGUAAGGAUGAUAGCAUAUUAACUAAAGCACCUAAUCGCAUACGAAAGAGUAUCGCUAAUGAUAGUAAUAUCUCUUACACAGCGGACGAACCUAUGUUAGUUGAAAACGACCACCAUCAAGCUAUAAAAGAUUUGCCGUCAAUAGACGAUAGCGGUAUCAGUGCUGAUUUUGCUGAUGAACGCGAUCGUUUGAAUCUGACAUGUGACAGAAAUCGCGCAGAAAAUCUUUCCAAUGAAAAUACCAAUAUAAGUAUGGACUAUAAUUAUGGUAGCCCUGCAAAAGAUGAUAUUGCUUUUGAAGAUACUACCCAAGAAUAUGACGAUAGCAUUUCAGAUAGCAAUAAUACAAUGGAACAUUCUAUCCAAGAAGGUUUCGUUGAUAAAGCUAAGAAAAUUUAUAAACGCCGUUCUACUUCUGCUUGUAGCAGCACUAGUAGUAAGUCGGAAUAUCUGACUCCACCCAAUAGCAUCCAUACGGAAGAAGUUACAGGUGAUAAUACUGCAAAUAACGACUUCAAUCUUGCAAAUGACAGCAAUUCCGAAGAUGAAGAAUGUAGAGAAAAUAUCUUCUCUAAUCCUUCAAUUAAUCAUUCAUUACUUAGUAGUAAGUUCAAACAGAUUUUAAACAUGUUCCUGGACCAAUUUUAUCGUAAAUUGGAAAAAUAUGUUAAAAUCCUGAUAAGAGAAGGAAACAUGACAGAUAACAAGAUCUCAAUAUCAGAGCUUUUUAACACUUUAUUUCAAUGCGUAAGGAAGUGUAACCCGGAACGUUCGAUAAAUCUAGCGGAUAAUUUAAUGCUUAAGUUUUAUUCGCGUCGGAAAGCAUCUAAAAUUAUUGACACAUCAAAGAAGCUAAUACCAAAUAACCUCGAACAUGAUCAAUUAGCUAUUUUCUUUGCUGCUAUUGCUAUCGAUAUUUGCCGUUGUCGGCAGCAGCAAAUAUCAAUAAUCAAAGACUCCAAAUGUUAUUAUUAUAUGAAGACUUUCGUACGAGAUAUUGUAGAAAGUAUAUUCAGAUACCUCCAUAAGCGUCAGGGACGCUUCGGCUUAAUUAGCCGACUUAAAGAUGCGAUUUCGCGUAAAAAAGAGACUGAUUAUGCAGCACAAGCAAAACUGCUGAUUGAUCUUGAGCAUGAUGCAGAUAAUCCUGAAACAUUCAAAAAAUCAUUAGAGUACUUCAUGGAAGGGUUCUUUUGUCAUAAUCCUAACGUAAAGAAAAUACGAAAAUGGGUACAUGGCCAUGUCGUAGAUAUAUGCCUUCCAGUGAAGAAGAAUCAUAGAAACGUCAACACUAUCAAUUUGCUUCAUCGAGUUUAUGUUAAGGACAACGAAAAUGGGGCUUAUUAUUUUCCAUCUUCAAAGGAUUCUUCCGUCAGACGAAUUGUGGGUAAAAUUCUAGGAAGAUUAAUCGAUUACCAUCAAGAUGAAACUACAAAGCUAUGUGGCUACAGACUACCGAGCCUGAUAUUUUCUAACGAGAUUACUAGAGGCCAAGGUUCGUACAGUAAGGUGGAUCCUCCAGCUUUUGAAACUCAGGAUUGCUUUCAGUUGGAUGAAACCUUGUGUAGAAUUGAUAGCAUUGAUAAAAUACUAGAUUUUGCCAAAAAAUUUGUACGUAAUGAUAUGGACAGAAAUCUUCGAGAUCGAUACAAUGAUUUAUUCAAUUUUACCAUCUGA